AUGUCGCAGGACGUUUCGAUGGCCAGCGAGCCAGAGGUAAAGAUCAGCGACAAGAUCAGUAUUCUGCCGGGAGCGUCAGCGGACGGGUCGGCUGUGUCGUUUGAGAUCAAGCAGGAAGACCACACACUGGGCAACGCUCUGCGAUACAUGAUUAUGAAGAACCCGGACGUGGAGUUCUGCGGCUACUCGAUCCCCCAUCCCAGCGAGGCCCACUUGCAUUUGCGCAUCCAGACAUACGGCGAAACCACUGCCAUCGAGGCUCUGCGCAAGGGGCUGACGGAUCUGACCGCUGUGUGCGAUCACGUCGAGGACGUUUUCCGGCAAAAGGUCGCCGACGGUAAUUACGCAGAUACUGCACCUUAA